UGAUGUGUGUGUAAAGAGGGAGCGAGCCGGAGCCUGUUGCUCAUAUCAUCAAAUGUGCCGCCCGCCAGCGCUCCAGAAGCUCCACAGCCUGUUGAGGGAUCAGAUGGAGUCGAACGCUGAGCAGCACACUGUAUUUGUCCUCCUCCUUCUAGAGUAAAAGCGAAACAAUCCUUAUAAAUGCCAUGAACACUCUCAACUACAGAUGAACUACGGUCAUUCUUUGAGAGGAAGCGCUGGGCUACAGGCAUGUGACCGCCGCUGAGCUAAAGAUGACUUUACUGGGAGGCGAUGGUUCGGAUUACGACUACAGUGCUUUAAGUUGCACCUCGGACGACUCUCUGAACGGGCCCCCCAUCCAGGAACGAGAGGCCCUCAAGGGUGUUUAUUACAAACGGGCGCAACACCUGCCUCUGACCGACCCCAAUAUCACCGAUGCGCUCCAUCUGGACGACAACGGCAACCUGCCUUCCUGCGGCCAGCGGCUGCACGUCAUCAUUAACGUGGGCGGCCUGCGGUACCAGCUUCCCUGGACCACGCUGGAGGACUUCCCCCUCUCGCGUCUGGGCCAGUUGCAUCUGUGCAGCAGCUUUGACGAGAUCAUGCGGGUGUGCGACGACUACGACGUGGUCCACAACGAGUUCUUCUUCGACCGCAGUCCCUGCGCCUUCCAGACCAUCCUCACCUUCCUGCGCGCCGGGAAACUGCGCUCUCUGCGCGAGAUGUGCGCCCUGUCCUUCCGAGAAGAGCUGCUCUAUUGGGGCGUCCCGGAGGAGAGCUUGGAGUGGUGCUGCCGGAGACGCCUCCUGCAGCGCGUGGAGGAGUGCAACGAGUUAGAGCGGGUGGCAGAGGAGGACGAGGAGAAUGAGGAUGACAGCCAAAGCAGUUUGACCAGAGAGUCUCGCCUCAGCCGCUGGAUGGGAAAGCUAAGAGACAUGGUGGAGAAGCCUCACUCCGGCCUGCCGGGGAAGAUCUUCGCCUGCCUUUCGGUGCUGUUCGUCACGAUAACAGCCAUCAACCUGUCCAUAAGCACCAUGCCUGCUAUGAGGGAGGAGGAGGAGACGGGUAAAUGCUCUCAGAUGUGCUACAACAUCUUCAUCGUGGAGACGGUGUGUGUGGCCUGGUUCUCACUGGAGUUCACGCUGCGCUUCAUCCAAGACCGCAGCAAGCUGGCCUUCCUCCGGCGGCCGCUCAACCUGAUCGACGUCAUAGCCAUCCUGCCCUACUACAUCACGCUGGUGGUGGACAGCACCUCCACGGGCGAGAAGCGCUUGGGCUCAGGCAACAGCUAUCUGGACAAAGUGGGCCUGGUGCUGCGCGUGCUGCGGGCAUUACGCAUCCUCUACGUGAUGCGGCUGGCGCGCCACUCUCUUGGACUGCAGACUCUCGGGCUGACGGCGCGCCGGUGCACGCGGGAGUUCGGCUUGCUCCUCCUCUUCCUCUGCGUGGCCAUAGCUCUCUUCUCCCCGCUGCUCUACCUGAUUGAGAACGAGGCCGGGGUCACGCGAGAGUUCAGUAGCAUUCCUGCAACGUACUGGUGGGCCGUGAUCACCAUGACCACGGUGGGUUACGGCGACAUGGUGCCGCGCAGCAUCCCCGGACAGGUGGUGGCGCUCAGCAGCAUCCUCAGCGGGAUCCUGCUCAUGGCGUUCCCCGUCACCUCCAUCUUCCACACGUUCUCGCGCUCCUAUGUGGAGCUCAAGCAGGAGCAGCAGCGGCUGCUGCAGCGCAGGACGCACUUUCUGCUGCGCAGCCGCAUCGCAGGUCUCAGUAGCAACCUGUCACUGGAGAGCGACGUGCUUUUUCCUAGCACCUCGUCUGAUCACAGAAACCGAGAGUAAUAGGAGUUCAAGAAAGUGUAGGGUGCUAAUGGACGCGAAAUAUGAAGCUGCUGUUUUGAAUGUCGUUUUACAUGUUGUCCAUCAACAAUCCAUUAAAGGGAUAGGUAAAAAAAAAAAAAAUCAAAAAUGAAAAUUCUGUCACCAUUUACUCGCCCCCAUGUCCUUCCACAGCCCAAGAAUUUGGUUAAAGCGCUUCCCAAAAAUGAAUGAAAAUUCUGUCAUCAUUUACUCAUCCUCAAGUUGUUCCAAACCUGUUUGAGAUUAAUUCUUCUUCUGAACACAAAAGAAGAGAUCUGGA